AUCAGAGCACCACUACCAGAUCCGCACCGAUCUCGGGUUACUCUGGUGUUUUUGCGUUUCACAGUCUCUACUCCGCCAUUAGGUUGCGUAUCUCCUUCAGCAACCGCGCCUCUCUGAGAAGCUGGAGUGAGGUGCUGUCGAGUCCUUCCGUAGUCAGACGUGGCGUCGCCGGGUCCUCGGAGCAGCGGUGGUCGUACAGUUUUCUCCCAGCUCACAACUUCACUCAGGGAGCCCUGGCGUUCGUACCUGUCUCUCAGUUUCAGAACCUUUGCUGAACCAUGUGGAGGAAGGCUGUGCUGGUGGCUCUGCUAGCCUUUGCAGUAGGGUACCUCUAUCACACAAACCCAGAGCUACCAGAGUGCAUGGUGCAGCUCGUCACCCAGUCCCUUCCCCAGUCACUUCUCUCCACACAGUAUGAAUCCAGUGCUCAUUCUCUAGAAGAAGCCAUCUCUAGGGCCUGGGAGAGCCUCAUCACUGCUCCUACAAGACAAUGGGGUCGAAUAGCGGUUGGGGUAAAUGCCUGUAUUGACGUGGUGGUGUCGGGGGUAGGGUUGCUCCAGGCUUUGGCUGUUGAUCCUGGAUCAGGCAGCGAUCAUGAUGUACUGCACUCAAAAGAAGACCUAAAAGAAACCUUCAUUCACUACAUGGAAAGAGGGGCUGCUGCAGAACGAUUCUUCUCGGAUAAAGAAGUAUUUCAAAGGAUUGCUCGGGCUGCUUCCGAAUAUCCUGGUGCCCAGCUCUAUGUGGGUGGAAAUGCAGCUCUGAUUGGGCAGAAACUCGCCUCUUAUCCGGAGCUUGUGGUCCUCUUGUGUGGCCCUGUUGGGCCUAAACUGCACGAGAUCCUGGAUGAGCAGAUAAUAGUACCCCCAGAAUCACUGCAGGAGACUGAUGAAUACCACCUCAUUUUGGAGUACAAGGCAGGGGAGCAGUGGGGAUCGACCAGAGCUCCUCAGGCCAACCGCUUCAUCUUCUCCCAUGAUGUGUCCAAUGGCGAGAUGAGUACCUUGGAGACUUUUGUGGCUAGUUUGGAGGAGUUCCAACCUGGAUUGGUGGUGCUUUCUGGGCUCCACAUGAUGGAGGGCAUGGGCCGGGAGCUGUGGGAGGACAGACUCAAAGAGGCAGUGGUUGCCAUCUCUGAUGUCCGUAACGAGGUCCCCAUACAUCUAGAGCUGGCCAGCAUGACUGAUAAAGACUACAUGAGCAGCAUCAUGAAGGAGCAGGUCAUGCCCAUAGUCAACUCCAUCGGGCUGAAUGAGCAGGAGUUGCUGUUUCUGUCACACGCUGGAGGGGGUCCUCACUCUGACCUCGCUGCUUGGGACGGCAUACCUGAUGUGGGCCGUGUCACUGACAUCCUCCUGUGGGUCCUGGAGCAGCACGGCAGGGCUGACCCGGAGUCUGAGGCUGAUCUGACCCGAAUUCAUUUCCACACUCUUGCCUACCACAUCUUGGCUACUGUGGACGGUCACUGGGCGAACCAGCGGGCAGCAGUAGCAGCUGGGGCACGUGUGGCCAGCAGUCAGGCAUGUGGCCUACAAGCUGUGGAUGUUAGCAAGGUGGUGGUCAAAGCACCACUGAGCUUCUACAGCUCUUUUUCUGAGCCUAGAGAGAGCUUGGUUUUGGACCCAUCCAGUCCAGUUACUGUGUGGAGAAGAGGAAAUGUGUCCUUCUAUCUGAGUCCAGUACUGGUAUGUAAGCAACCACUCCGGACAGUUGGGCUGGGGGACGCUAUCUCCGCAGAGGGACUGCUGUACUCUGAGAUUGCAUCCCAGUCACCGUCUGAGCAGUAAGUCAGUACUGACAAUCACUCCAUAAGGUCCCAGUUAAAUUUUUUUUUUAAAGACUAAAUCUGUUCUUGAUGCUGUCUUCAAUUGCUAGCUGCUAAGCGUCUAACCAGCUGGAUGGAUCCUCCUUGCAUUCAGCCCUCAUUGCAAGCAGUGCUUGCUGACAAGAACAGUGGGGGGGGGAAUCAUGCUUUUCAAGAGUAUAGGAAUAUUUUUUUUUAGUGAUUAAAAUUGGUGCGCCGUCUUCUCCUCAGCAGUAUUUGUUGCUGAAUACUGUACUUUUUUUUUUUCCCUCCCCUCCUCCACACACAUUGUUUUUUACCUCUGCUGACUACUACAGUGAAGAGAUGUGAAAUCUCACCUGCCUUUGAACAUGAUGCAGAAACUCUGAGCUGCUAUGGAACAUGGAGAAAAAAAUCCUUUAGAUUCCUGUAGAACCCCAACAUGAGAAAUAUCUUAACCAAAGCUAGGUUAAUUAUAGCCAUACCUGUUGCUUAACCAUGAACCUGACAAACACUUUUUUUGUGGAAUUGUGCAACCCAUGGCAGUCCCAGUCCAAGUUUUCUGAUUCCUCUAGCAAUAUGUACGUGUUGUGUACAAGGUAAGAGUGAUUUAAAGGAAGUUACAAGUUUUCCUUUUUUAUUACUUCCUGGCAAGGUUAUCUUAAAGGUUAGAGACAAUAUUUUAUUGUGAUCAAGUGAAGACUGUUUAACCCACUCUGUGAACACAGUUAAUCAAAUUAACAUCUCACUACGGUAAAACUGGAUAGUCAAAAGUGCCAGGUUCUUACUAAAGUUGAACUCUUGUGGUUACUGAAAUCGUGAUGUAACUGACACGUCUUAAAUGUAUGGUAAUUCAUGUAUUAGUGGAAAUCCAGGGGGUAGGGUGAGGGAUUGGAAGCAAUUAAGUCUUUUGCUUUAUAAUUUGUUUUUAAGGACUUGCACCAGCACAACCUGUAAAUAUUUGCAACACAUGCUUCAUCUUCAACAUUUGUUAUUUCAUUUAUUCAAUUAGUCUGGAAUACAAGAUGUUUGCCUUUUUAUACUGAAUAUACAUUCAACCUAAGGGGAGUUAAGUGUUUUGUCAAUACCUUCUCCUUUCCAGACAUGUACUGUAUGGGGAGAGGUCAGUGAAGACUUUGACAAUUCUUUUUUCUGUAGGUCAAAAAAUUGAUUCAUACAUGUAUAAUGACAUUGUUCAGUAUCUCAGAUGGUUCUAGCUGUAAGUUAUGAGUAGAAAUAUUCUGCCAUUAAGAGACUUUAUGCAUCAUUAUCUGUGACAUGUAUGUUCCAGCUAAAUAAGAAAGUAGUUUGCCCUUUGAUGCUGUGUAGUGUAAUCAAAAAAGUAGG